CAAUUGUGAGCUGGAAUGAGACGGAGAGGAGAGAAGGGAGAGCUGGAUUUUGCCAUUCGUCAACCUUUUGAUGCGCAUCGUACAACUUUUACUCCAAAUUACAGAGGUUGUGGGCGUGUAGAAAAUGAUGGGAUACAUCAACAGACGUUUCCAGGACUAUAUGGUGGAGCGAAAAAGAUGCAAGACACGAUUAGUUACCAAAGAUGGUCGCUGCAACAUUGAAUACGGAAACGUCAAGUACAGCAACCGAUUAUACUUCCUGGCCGACUUCUGGACCACCUUUGUGGAGAUCCGGUGGCGUUUUGUCCUCUUCCUCUUCAGCGCCUCCUUCACCCUCAGCUGGUUCAUUUUUGGCCUACUGUGGUACUGGAUCGUUCGCAAUAAUGGUGACCUGACAUGGCAAAAACCCCCAUCGGACCACAUUCCAUGUGUUGAUAAUGUGUUCGGACUCACCACGUCUUUCCUUUACUCCCUGGAAACCCAGACAACUAUUGGGUACGGUGGCCGAGCGCUCACGCCUCAAUGCCCGGGUGCUGUGGCCGUCCUCAUCAUCCAGUCCCUCCUCGGAGCUAUUAUCAACUGCUUCAUGUGUGGAGUCAUACUGGCCAAAAUCUCUUUGCCCAAAAAGAGGGCAAAGACCAUCUCAUUCAGUGACAUGGCGGUCAUCAGCCCCAAAAACGGUUCCCUUUCCCUGUCAAUCAGGGUGGCCAACCUGCGCAAGACGCUGAUGAUUGGAAGCCAGAUCUACGGCAAGCUGCUGAGGACAACAAACACACCCGAUGGGGAGACGAUCAUUAUGGACCAGGUGAACAUUGACUUCACGGUGGACGCCGGGAAGGACAACCUCUUCUUCGUGUGUCCUCUCACGCUCUUCCACAUCAUCGACAAGAGCAGCCCCUUCUUCGAGAUGGCCGUGGACACGCUCCACAAACAAGAGUUCGAGCUGGUCGUCUUCCUGGACGGCACGGCAGAGUCCACCAGCUCUGCCUGCCAAGUGCGGACCUCCUUUAUUCCUCAGGAGAUCAUGUGGGGCUACAACUUCUUGCCCAUCAUCUCCAGAAGCAAGGAGGGCAAGUACAGAGUAGAUUUCUCCAACUUCUCCAAGGUGGUGCCGGUGGCCACUGCACACUGUGCCUACUGCUUCCACAACAUCAAGGGUCAUCAUCAUCACUCCAGAGAUGGACAUGACAACCAGGGCUUCGAGGUGAUUGAAAUCAAUGACACCCCCUUUGUCACCAAGAUGUGAGUCCAUGGACACAUAGUAAUGGACAGUAGAGACGUUUGCCUCUCAGUGACGAACUCCUCAACUCUCAAAAAGACAAAGAGGUGCUGGGGCCAGGUGGGCUUACCCAGUGCCAGGCAGCGCAUUGUGUAGCAUUUAAAUAUGAAGUAAAGAAAGCCCACUUAUUUGAUAUUCCAUUGUGUUGAACACAGAUAAGAAAGCCGUCUGUGGGCCAGUACACUUAUUGUGAACCAUUUGUAUGUAAAAACCACACCUGCCACUCUCUGCUGAUAGAAAAACCUGUUUUCAAAAGGGAGACCAGGUCAUGCAAGACAGAGAGGCUAACAUCCAGCCACAGGAACGGAAAGUUUCCCCAAUUCCUCUCACAUGGAUUGAACAUAGGUGCUCUAACUUUAAAUGAAGACGAGUGGUUCUAAUUUACUUUUGGCCUUGCACAUCCGGUACGCCAAGAACAUUGUAUAAAAUCUAUUUUCCUAUGUGUAAAUCUUAUAAUUACUUGAAGGACCACUGUUGGGGGCCGCGCAUGCUUUUUGUCACGGGUGAGAAAAGAUAAAGCGGCUUGUUCAAUAAUUCAUGCUACUGUAUAGGCUGAUGUACACAAAGAGACACUUUGACUUGAACCAUUAGAGUCUGCUUAACUAUUCAGACACUGAGGCGAAGGGUGGGGCUCAGGGGCCACUCUUUUCAAACAGUAGGCGAUCUAGUUGUGGUUUUCUCCUUGAGUGAAGACAUUGUGAGAGAACAAAGCUUUCAGGAAACACUUAUGCCUGCAUGCAGCACUGAGUAGUAUGAUAACCAUUUGUCUUUGUUAGUUGUUUUGUAUUUUAUCUCAGGGGAAAAAAUACAUUGAA